GAAGGGGACCUCAUGGAGCAGGAGCAGGAGAAAAGACUCCGCGGAUGUCCGGUUGAUGAUUUCCUCCAAAGUCAAGUUUUUGAUGUUAAGUCCAGUUUUCCUUGAAAGAUUCGUAUUCUACAGGAUUACAGUAUUUCACAUCAGAAACAGUCACCCAUUGCCCUCAAACUCUAGUUUAUCGCUGCUAUCUUUGCCAUCUUUGCUGCCCUACCCGUAUUGGUAGCAGCUAACACUAGAAGAAAGAUAUCGUCUGAUCCGUAUCUCAAGCUCAUUCUAAAUGAUCAAUGUCUCAAUGCUAUUGAAAGAAACAACUAUCAGCUCCAACUACUCUCACCCGCCUGCUUUCAUACAACUUCCACCAUAUAUAUCUCUCGUGAAGCAGGACUUGCUUGACCUUGUUGCUGCGCUGCUUGCUUCAUUUGCUGCAAUCAGCUUUUCCCGGGACUCUUGGCACUGUCAACCUCAUAAAGCUUAUCAUUUCUCGACUUUUUAUCCGUCUCGGGUGUCUUUCCUAUAGAUUACCGACGCAUCAGGUUUCAAAGCGGAUUUUUUGCACAGCUUGGUCUGGAUCCUCGUAUCCCCACUCUCCUGAACAUUAAUUGUACUUUGUACCUUUCUUUUGCAAUCGCGGAUAUUAUUGCGUAUUAAAUUUCCAACUUUCUCCACCAGGAUCGCUGUUACCCGCACAUGAAAGUUGGUCAGGAACAAAGGAAUCCUAAACACCUCUAAUCCAUUACCUUAUAAAAGGGAAACAAUUGCUUGAGCAGCUUUCCAAGACGAUUACAUUGUGGGAAUGAAGUACGGUCAGCAAUUCCAGUCGGACUCUGUGCCACAAUGGGCGCCAUACAACCUUGAUUAUGAUGAAUUGAAGAAUUCGAUAAAGCAUAAUACCACAAGAGAUUCGGGAAAAUCGAUCACUAUUCCGGGCCAUGUCGAUACUUCUUUGGUCGCAUUCGAGAAUGAAUUCUUUACAGAGUUAUCAAACCAACACGAUCGGGUCGAACUGUUUGUUAAGAGCAAGAGUGAAGAGAUUGGUCGCAGACUUCAAUAUCUAUCAACUAUCGUCCUGCGACUACUUGCAAGAUGUGCAGAAAGCUCCAAUGGGCAGAUGACGAGGAAGAGGAUGAACAAGUUUUCCAAGUACAACAUGCAGAUUGAGAGUUGCGGGGAUGAUCUUGCGAGAUUGGAUCGAUUUGUUGAAGCCCAGCGUGUCGCAUUCUACAAAUUAUUGAAGAAAUAUACGAAAUGGACCGGAUCUCGAACACUCAAGGAACGAUUCGAAGUUGAGGUACUGGGGAAUCCAAAAAGCUUCACAAGACAAGAUUUUAGUUCCUCACAUUCUCAAUAUAACGAUCUCAUUACGCUUAUCCGAGCUUCUACGCCAAUGACGAGCGGGCCGUCUACUCCUAGUAUGGGUUCGAGGAGAGACAGUCUCGGCCGUGCCCAAUCACAAACAUUGCAGCGAUCGCCGCCUCGACAAACAUAUUGGAACGAAUACGACAACGGGAGUGAUGUCGAUCAGGACGAGCCAUACUAUAUAUAUACGGAUCCUAAUGCAGAAUUGACAUUCCCUGGCGCAGAAGUUGUAGCAAGUGCGAUUCGACGAACAAAACAAGGAAUGGGAAAAGUCAGGGGUUGGUUUAUGCCUCCUGGUUCAACAAAAGAUCGUGAACGUGAGCCGUUAUUGGGAAAUCGAGAUAGAGGGUACUUUCAACGAAGUCCAAGCGGAACAGCCAAUGGUUCGAUAACCGAUGUCGAAGAUGAAGCGUAUGCCUCCUCGGCGGAUUUCCCGAACGGAUAUGUUGCUCAUUAUGCAACUUUUCCCAGCGUGGCGGAUCAGCGACUGAGUCGAUUCCAAGAACAAACUUUGUUAUUUACAAUGAUUGCUUGCUUUUUCUUUUCCAUACUAUCUGAAGCUGCAUCCACGCUUCUCCUUGCAACAGGUCGACAUAAAUUAAGGACGGAGGUUGACUUGGGUGCACUCACGGGUGCCUUGUUAGGAUUUGCUCUGGCUACCGGUGGAUUAAUUUGCAUGGCAUGUCGCAAUGAAAAGCUUGGCUGGGUGCACCGAGGAGUUGUGCUUAUUGUAACUGCUCUUUUGUUGAUUGGGAGUAUUGUGCUCUUGAUUAUGGUAAUUGGGAACUAAGCCUCUCAUUACGAUCUCUAGCUAACAAACUACUGAAGACCCGCCGGUAGAAACUAUCCAGGAUGGCGAGCGCUCAACGUUGCAGAGAUAAACUGGCUUACAUCCUCAAGGUAUCGUACAUACCAGUACCAUUGCUUUGCAAGUCAUUUGUCUCUCAAUUUUAGUUUUUUCUAUGUGUCUCUUGUACUUUUUGCUUUACUCUGUCUCUAGCGGGCGCAAUUUGGUGGUUGAUUCGUUUGGCAUUUGGGUGUUUAGUAUGGGAGGCACGUGUUAGACUGCGAGAUGUGAUUAUGCAAUUAAUGGGACAAAUGCGUCAAUGGUCCUACUUUGACGGCCUAAUACUUUAGAAUUUUAAAGAAGUGCGGAGAUAUUGGGAGUCCGCAAUGGCCGAAUGUGUGGAUAGAUUCAAUGGUUUGAGAAGAAACAAUGGAAUUGGGGAUAAGAAUUGGUGCAUGUUCUGAUAGGUUUGGUGGGGUUUAGUUGGUGGAUUUUGUUGGAUUGAAGUCAAGGGAGUUGUUGGUAUGUGUGCUUUUGUACCAGUGUAUCCAGGGGAUGUUGGAUGUCACAGUUGCAGACUGUGACAUUCAACGCGAUGGAGGUAGGUUAGUAUAAUACAAUUGAAUGAAAGAUGUUGAUUCA